GCCCUGUAUCGUUAAUCUUUUUAUUUUGUCUUCUAAGUCUUCCUUUGACUAUAUAACAAGCACCAACAACUCUCAAAACAGUUUCAUUUCUUCAAUCAUCAUAAUAAGACACAAGACCCUUUUUUUCUCUUUCUCUUGUAUUUAGCAGAACAACAAAAGUCUGUCUGAAGAAAAUAAUCUUGAAUUCAUCAACAAGACUUAAUUCUUUUGAAGAUUUUGUUGGUUAUGAGAUUCGACGUAUCUGCUGAAAACCUCUAAAGGUACCAAAUCUAAGAAGCUUGGAACAGUUCUGCAGCACCUUAGCCAAUUCGAAGAGAGCACAUAUAAAAUAAAAAAAUAAAAAAAGAGCGCGUGACUGAUACCGAGAUGCAAGCAUCCCAGAGACCUGAAUCAUCAGGCGGAGUUCACAAAUUGUACCAUCAGCCAACUGCGAAAGUUGAGCAAUAUUAUAGCCCUUACAAUGUUUUUAACAACAAUUCCAAUGAUACUAGCAGCUCGGGUACACAAAUCUCCUAUGAGACACAAAAUGAACAGUUCUUUACUCUCGACUCGCUUCCCGCUUCCGGUUAUGUCAACUAUGAUUCGCCUCCAACUGUAAGCGUCUCGUCCAACUGGAGUCCCUUCUCUCCUCAAUGUUCUAAUUCAUACAUUUCAGAUCAGCGGCAUUCCUCAGACAACACGUACGGUUCACCUUUGAGCGGGUGUUCGGUAGUUGAUGAUGGCAAUGCACUGAAACAUGUGCUAAGGGAGAUGGCAAAUAAUUUGCUCGGCCCUGACUCUGAUAUUGAUGAAGACAGCAGUUGCUCUUUUAAUGGCGAGGUCUCGAAACCUUCAAAGUGGAAUCGAGUAUUGGAAAUCGCGUCGAGUUUGGACGUGAAAGAGCUCCUCCUUGCCUGUGCUGAAGCAGUGUCGGAUUCUGAUUUCUCAGCUGCAGAAGUUCUGAUGAAUGUCCUCGAGCAAAGGGUAUCGGUUUCCGGGGAACCUAUGCAACGGUUAAGCGCAUACAUGUUGGAAGGGCUUAGAGCAAGAUUAUUUUCCUCGGGAAGUAUUAUAUACAAAAAGCUCAAGUGCAACGAACCGACUAGUUCAGAAUUGAUCUCUUACAUGCAAGUCCUCUAUCACGUCGUCCCUUACUACAAAUUCGCCUACACAUCCGCCAACGUUGUGAUCGAUGAAGCCAUGAGGAACGAGAACAGAAUCCAUAUAAUUGAUUUUCAAAUUGCACAGGGAAGUCAAUGGAUGUUCCUCAUGCAUAAUCUUGCUCGUCGGCCUGGUGGGCCCCCUUUCGUCCACAUCACAGGUGUCGAUGAUUCUCAAUCAGCUCAUGCACGGGGAGGAGGACUUCAGCUAGUCGGUGAAAGGCUAGCAAAAGUUGCUGAAUCAUAUGGAGUGCCUUUUGAAUUUCAUGCUGCUGCAAUAUCUGGAUCUGAGGUACAGCUAGAAAACCUUAUUAUUCGACAUGGAGAAGCCUUGGCCGUUAACUUCCCGUACGUGCUGCAUCACAUGCCAGACGAGAGCGUAAGCACUGCGAACCAUCGAGACCGUCUACUAAGACUAGUUAAGAGCUUGUCCCCGAAGAUAGUUACCCUUGUUGAACAAGAAUCUAACACCAACACUUCUGCUUUCCUUCCGAGAUUCCGUGAAACUAUGGAUUACUAUACAGCAAUGUUCGAAUCAAUUGAUGCAGCUCGCCCGAGGGAUGACAAGCAGCGGAUCAGUGCAGAGGAGCAUUGUGUGGCACGAGACGUUGUCAACAUAAUAGCGUGCGAGGGGGCUGACAGAGUGGAAAGACACGAACUUUUCGGGAAGUGGAGUAUGAGACUUAUGAUGGCUGGAUUUACUCAAUGCCCCUUGAGUCCAUCAGUUGGGGAAGCCAUAAACAGCGUGUUGAAAGAGUUUAGCCCGAAUUUUAGGCUUGCAGAGAGCAAAGGGGCGCUUUAUCUCGGAUGGAAGAACAGAGCUUUGGCGACUUCUUCAGCUUGGAGAUGACUGCUCCUGGAAAUGUUUGUCUAAGCUUUAAAUCUCUCCUAAUCUUUGAUUUGUUGCCUUUUGGGAGGACUAGAAGAUUGUAUUGUUAACCGUUUCUGAUUUACGAGAUAUAGGACAAUGAAAAUCUUAGGCUUGUACAUGUUAACAUUGGAAGGAAAAUAGUGUGCUCUCUGAAAUAUAAUUAGAUAUUGGGAAUACUCUUGUCUCUUUUGCUGGUAUAUUGAUCUCUUUUUGAAAUUUAUGAAUUGUAUCAAUAGUUGCUUUCA